AUGUCUCUCUCAUCCCUCAUGCACGAUUUGACCUGCAAAAAUGGCAUUGGCAGUCCAAACGAGCUCCGUGGGCUCUCUCGCGCCAGCUCCUCUAUCAACUCAAGUCUAGAUGACAAACGUUCUACUUUUUCCAGAGCCCGCACGUACGCCAGCACUACGGCAACCAGCGUGAGCAUCGCUGGGGACAUCUCAAGCCAGCUGCACGGCGGCUAUUCACAUCCGCUCGCACGAUCAUGGCAGGCCGAGAGACAAUUGACAAAGUCCAUGCUAAUUCUGCCACUAUUCCUAACCGACAAUAAUGAUGAAGAGACCCUUAUUCCAUCCCUACCAGGUCAUUAUCGUCGUGGCAUCAAUAAAAUAGCCAACUAUCUUAGACCACUGAUCCAAAAAGGACUUCGCUCCGUCAUACUAUUUGGUGUUCCCCUUGCACCAGGCGCCAAAGAUGUCCUUGCCACCGCUGCAGAUGAUCCAACUGGUCCUGUCAUAGCUGUCAUUCAUUUACUACGCGAGUGCUUUCCCCAGCUUUUCAUAGUUGCCGACGUCUGCUUGUGCGAAUACACCUCGCAUGGCCACUGCGGGAUUCUACGUGAAGAUGGCAGCUUGAACAAUGAGUUGUCGGUCGAUAGAAUUUCUGACGUUGCCAUUGCAUAUGCUCGCGCAGGCGCUCAUUGUAUCGCGCCUUCGGAUAUGAACGAUGGGCGAAUACGGGCAAUUAAAUUAAAACUAAUAGAGGAAGGGAUCGCCCACAGAGUUGUUCUAAUGUCAUACGCUGCCAAGUUCUCUGGCUGUCUUUACGGACCGUUUCGCGAUGCUGCAGGCUCUGUACCGUCCUUUGGCGAUAGAAAGUGCUACCAGCUACCACCAGGAGGUCGUGGCUUAGCACGUCGGGCUAUUGAGAGAGAUAUUAGCGAAGGUGCCGAUAUCAUCAUGGUCAAGCCCGCAAGCCAAUACCUUGACAUCAUCAGCGACGCAAAGUACAUUGGCAAAAAUAUGCCUGUUGCGGCAUAUCAGGUUAGCGGCGAAUUCGCUAUGAUUCAUGCUGCUGCUAAGGCGGGCGUAUUCGAUUUGAAGACCAUGGCGUUUGAAGCUACGGAAGGAAUCCUAAGAGCUGGCGCAACCAUUGUAGUAAGCUACUUCACCCCUGACUUCCUUGACUGGUUGGAGUCGUAA